AUGUCUAAUCAGGAAAUUCAGCUCCAAGAAUCAGAGCAGGAGCAAGAUAAACCAGAUAGUCCAUUCUUCAAUAAUUUAGAAAGAUAUGGAUUAAAUGAUAAUCCAUCAAGGAAAGAAUCUCCAAACACACCUCUUCCUAAUUCAAAUGCAAGUGGAGCAUCAGACAGUAAAUCCUCAAGUUAUUUUAUAGCUCUGGAUUCAACUAUUGAAAAUCUACAUGAAAGAACCCAGCAACUAAUUGAUAAAAUUAAUGAGAACAGGAAGAAAGACCAUGUACUCAUGAAUAAUUUCAGAGAGAAUCUUUUGAUGAAGGUUUCAAGUUUGGCAGAAAAGUUGGAGGAAAGAAUGCUCCUUGUUUAUGACCAUAACAACAAGCUCAUUCAGGAUAAGCUACAAGAGCUUUCUGAGAUCAUGGAGAAGAUCAGACAGAUUGAAACUGAGCUCAGGCAGGUCUGCCACACUGUGGAGAUGUUGUAUAAAGAUCUUUGCGGUCAGAUUGAAUUGUGAAGAAAAAACAGAAAAAAAGGAAU